CGAGCCUAACGAACGCAAAGUGAACCAAAUUUUAGUCGUCCGCCAUCGAAUGUCAAUUUUUUUUUGACUUGUGUCGUAGGGAACGUGAGAUACUCGAAAAUUAAUUUUUCCCAUCAAAAAAUGUUGUCCCGGGCUGCAAUACUCUCAGUGCAACGACCAAUCGGUACUGUUGUGGCUAGAACAUCCGCUGCAUCAGCUGCCAGUUCGGAUCAGCUUUUCCAGCGACCUGUUCGCCAGGAGCCCGGAAAAGUCCGUAUGGGCUUUUUGCCAGAAGAAUGGUUCACAUUCUUCUACAAAAAAACGGGUGUGACUGGUCCGUAUACUUUCGGUGUCGGUCUCGCCACCUAUCUCUGUUCCAAGGAAAUUUAUGUCAUGGAGCACGAAUACUACAAUGGUCUUUCAUUCGCCAUCAUGAUCAUCUUUGCUGUCAAAAAACUUGGUCCAGCGAUCGCUGCUUACUGUGACAAAGAAAUCGACCAAAUUGCCAAUGAUUUGAACCAAGGUCGCAUCGACGAAUUAGCCAGUUACGAAGAACAAAUCAAGGCGGAAAAAACAGAGCAAUGGCGUGCCGAUGGACAGGUUAUGCUGAUGGAAGCGAAGAAAGAGAAUGUGGCAUUGCAAUUGGAAGCCGCGUACCGUGAACGUAUUGCUCGCGUGUACAAUGAGGUGAAACGUCGCUUGGACUACCAAGUUGAAUGUCAAACUGUCGUUCGUAAUGUUAAUCAGAAGCAUAUGGUUAACUGGAUCGUCAACAAUGUCCUUAAAUCGAUCACACCCGAUCAGGAGAAGGAGACCCUCAACAAAUGUAUUUCGGAUUUGGGAGCCCUAGCCGCAGCCAACAAAUAGAGGAGGCAAAAUGUUACAUUCGGAAAAUGAAACUUUUUCACACCUAUAAACCACAUUACGAUGCUCUAGAUUCAAUGGCCACAAUUUCAUUUGCUGGAAUAUUUAAAAACAUUGCAAAUUGUGUCAAGAUAUUCAAAUAAAAAAAAAAUACGAAAAUUAGAAAAUUAA